AUGACGCCCCGCAAAACCCGACAACGCCAUAACAACAGCAACACACAAUCCCACCCCGUUGCCGUCCAAGCCUCAGACUACGAAUCUGAAGCCUUCUACGCACCCCCCGUCCCCACGCGUUCAAACACAGAACUGAACCUCUCCGUUCUCCGACGACACCACCACUCCAUUCAAUCUAUCCUCUCCAUCGCCCCCUCGACCCAAAUUUACACCUUCCUCCCCGAGAGCAGUUCCUGGAACAAGACCGAGAUCGAAGGGACGCUGUUCGUCUGCCAACUCGCGCCUGCGUCCCUGGCUGGUACAGUGCAACACUGUAUCGUGGUUAUGAAUAGGAGGGGCCUGGAUAAUCUGAUUCUGAAUUUGGCGCAGGUGGUGAAUGUGGAGAUUACGGAGGAGUUUUUAUUGCUUGGGGUGGGCGAUGGGGAGGAGAUGAAGACGAUGGGGUUUUUUAUUCAUGCUGAUAAGAGUGAUACGAGGGAGGUUAAUUGUAGGCUUAUUAGGGAGAAGUGGGAGGAGGCUAUGAGGAUGGGGGGUGGGGAUGCGAAUGUGAGGUUGCCUAUGAAUGAGGCGGCGGUUGGCAGGAGGUUGAGUUUGACGGAUUUGUUUCGUUAG